AUGUAUCUGGAUCUUAGUGUGGGCUGGACAACUGCGGCUCCAGCAUGGACGAGUCUCGCCAAUGGACCCGCACAGUACCUCUUCCCGGCCGCAUUCACCUCUGACGAGCAGACCAUGGUUGUCUUUCACCUCGGUGACUCGAACAAGCCCGCGCAGUAUAAUGUCCAGACGAACGCCUGGUCAGUCACCGAUUACACGUUCAACCACAUGGUACUACAAGGGGUCAACGUUGUCACGGACCCGAACACGGGUCUGAUGUACCUCCCUGGAGGCUACAGUUCCUUGAAUUUCGAUAACGCUACAAUGACCUUCACAAAGCUGGACACGUUCGACCCUCUCACGCUGAGUGUCCGCCAAACAGAUAUGCCGACGUCGACCGAUGUGUUCCCUGUGCGGUGGUACUACGGCAAUGUAUGGAGUCAUGCGAGGAGUGCGGUUUUAUACUUUGGCGGGAACAAUCCCAAUAGCAAGCCGUCUCCCCAAACGGUGGAGAACGUUGUGACUGCGUUCGCGCCUGCCACCAUGUCAUUCUUUACCUUCAAUGCUGGAGGAACUGCACCUCCAAUGAGAACCGACCACUGCAUGGCCGCAAACGAAGACGGGUCAAAGGUGCUGAUUUACGGAGGACGACUGCGGUCGAACACCAUCGCCAAUGAUGUAUUCGUCCUUGACGUCUUGGGCCAAAUGUGGACUCAAGGAGUCUCGUCCAACCAGUCACGGAUGUACACCGCCUGUACAGUCGCCGGGGACCAGCUCUUGAUCUGGGGUGGGUCGGGUGCCGAUGACGUGGCGGCCCCAGCCGAGAUGUUGAUCUACGAUUAUGUAAAGAGGAUCUGGACCACUCAGUAUACCCCCCCCGCGAGUUAUGCGUCCUUGACGCCGCCACCGUCUAUUGUGCGGACUGUUCCUCCAUGGUUCACUAGCGCUCCAACCUCAAGCACUAGAGCUCCAACAACCUCGACCCAGGUCCCAACAUCGACACCGACACCGACACCGACACCGAUUCAUAACUCGAACACAAAAGCGGUCACGGCAGGCGUGGUUAGUGGGUUGGCUUUCGUCGCAGCGGUGGUUGGGAUCUUCUUUUUUCGGCGUCGAAGGAGUCACAGGAAGGAUCGCGGAUUCUUUGUCAAGGCGUCAAGUGAUGAUCCGGAGGAAGCCAAGAGUCUUGCGACCGCUGCGGCGUCCUUGGGAUCCGGUCGUGGUAGUAGGAAGCAUGACACUCUAGCCAAAGAUCCGAUGGAGUCCAACGAGGAGUAUGAACUGGAACGGACGCUUAUGGAUCUGGAGGAACAGAAGCGAGAACUGGAGAUGAAGCAGCAGUUGCUGGUGUUGCAGCACCGUGCUGAUAAUCCGGAGCAUGACUUGCAGGAUGCGGUGGCAAAGGUGCAUAGGCGAGGACCUACGGCGUAUGUCGAGCCUGAGGCGGAGUAUAUCCCUGUUCAGUCACCGACUUAUCCAGACCAUCAACAACAUCAGCAAGGAGUACUUUCCCCACGGACCUCAAAUACCGCAGGAACGACGUUUUCGGAUAGGGGCUCUGCAUGGUCACCACCAACAGCAGCAGUUCGGGUAGUGUCACCAACCUACGCCGCAACCUCCCCCCUCUCAGCAUCAUCCUAUAUCUCCCCAUCCUCCAUCGUCAGGACAAGUACAAAGGGAGACAUACAAGGCGGACUAGUCCAAAUGGAAUCUGAGCCCUUGUACGAACUCACUCCAGGUUUCGACCCAGGGGCUCCAGAUCUGGUGUAUGGGCAGAUGACAGGAAAUGGGAGGCAGUGGGCCCGGAAGGCGCAGGGGCCACAGAUAGUCGUGGAUCCUGAGGAUGGUACUGUAAGGAAUCCACGGUCACCGUCUACGAUACCCCUCCCGUAG